AUGUCGACAGGCAACACAAUCCUCCCAAAAAGUAUUGGAGGAGACGGCAAAGAACCCGGCGCUGAAACCCUCGAAUUUCUAUCUUUUUGCCCACCAGACAUCCAGCCAAACACUCGAAUAAUAGCGUUGUGCGGUGCGAACGAUUGGCACGAUAAUGCCUCUCCCCAGGCGGAUGGGUGGUUCUUUUCUGACUUUUACCUAUUCCAUCAUCUUCUGGAGGACACUGAUAGCUUCCGCUCUUCAAACCAACUAUGGCUGACGUGUGUCGACCCAAAAACACUGGUCUCAAAGUACAAUGAAUAUUCCCACGGCAGUAGAAAUGGUGACCGUCGAGUCGUGCUCGACGAAACGCAUUUAGAUAAAAUUGAGGCUAGGGGGGAUAUCCGCGUCAUUCCCCCGAAAGAUUUACUUGAGCGAUUUUUGGCAAGUCUAAGGUCGGAAACUCAAACUGCUGUGAGGGAAAACCAACCUGUUCUAGUUCUCGUUUUUGGACAUGGCGAGGAGGGUAACUUUGGGGUCGCCGUUGGUGGUGAGGGCUCGGCUGAGAACGCCUCAAGGCUAACUCGGCAGAGGUUCAAUUCUGCAAUUCGAACAGGUGUCGACUUGACCCUACUUACAACGUCGUGUUUCUCUGGUGGGUGGGCUCUUAGACCCAUGGGCAAAUUACUAUUGUCCUCCGCAAAAAAGCUCAACGUCCCUGGCACGACCGCUGUUAAUGACAAAGAAUUUAGCAGGGCAUGGGCGUGUAGCCAGUCUUGCGGACGGGUCGCCGACUCGAUUUAUGCCACUGCCGUCCUGAAUGUCUUGGUUGACAUGUCAAAAACGAGCAGCCGUGAUUCUUCUGAUGCGACUCUUGGUGAGGGCGAAGAGUUGACUGCAUCACCAACCUACAUAAACCUGUGCAACUCAGUCUACAAAGCAUACAAAGAACACGACCCUUUCUACUCUAUACACGGGAUUUCGUUUUCUGCCCAAGAUGACAAAUGCCAUCUUGAAUGGAGGACACGCUCUGGCUUCCCGCUCCUUGACUAUAAAAAGAAGUGGGAAGGGUUGCGCGAAGUUUCGUCCAUACAGUCCUUGGACGAACACUGUGAGCCAACAGCUGCCUUGGGAUUUACCGGCAGUAUCGGUCGAGGCUAUCACAACGUCGUAAAAGCCAAGGCCAAAAUGUAUAUGGACUCCUUCCCAGGGCCAGAUAACGUUGGGGCCAAUAACAAUCACUGGAGGCUCAAAGAAUUGCUCGAGGGAAAGAAGUGCCCUGGGGAAGUACUCGUCUAUCUAACUGACAUUCUUGACUACCGCCUAUCAGCAAUGACACUAGCCUCACAAUAUGUCUCAUUCCUAGACAUUCAGUUCCCUGACUGCCUGAUGUUCGACACAGAGGUUUGGUGUAAUGAUUUAGCCUUGAAGGUGGUAAAAGAUAGUGAUUCGAAAGGUACAAAAUCGAAGCUAGAGAAAUUUAAGGAGGUUCGACGGUAUAUCAUGGACACAAAGCUGUUUGACAGACCUAUGGCUUUACAAGGCUUUUCUUACGGCAAACUCUGGGACUAUCUUGCUAUCGCGCUUGUCGAGUCGUCGUCACUAAGCACUGAGGAGAUCCGUGAUAAAAUCGACGGUUUAGUCAAAUUUAAGGAUGGAGCGCAACGUUUGCUCACCACGAUGCCACUUGCCGAGGCGAUAAUGAAAAACGAUAAUGUGGUUAGACAUCGUGAUAGGUUCUUUGAAACCGUCAGAAACGUUCGAACUCGCUUGAGAUCGUUGUCUCCUAGCAAGCGCUCUCGCAAAUCUCCCCCAUCUUGA